AUGCAAAAGAAGGCCGAUGCCAAAAAAGUCGCCCAACAUAAAGCCGUCAACCGGAAUUGGAAAGAAUGCAAAGUCUGGGGCGACGUUGGGAGACAAUCACGGGCUGAUGAUGAUUCACCGAGGCCUCAGUUCCAGGAAAGGGCAAUUCAGUUUGCACCCCUAGAAGAACCAGGCCCCGUGUUGAGUCAAUUCAGUCGUUUUUCGAGUCCCCUCGGAGUUUUCAAGACGAUGCUUGGUGGUGAGGACACUUUGUACCUUCUUCGGGAGGCAACAAAUGACUACAUCGCUGAAUUCUGGAAUUCAAGGAAGACGCCACCGUCUCGAAAAGUGGGUGGCAAGCCUGAAGGCAGGUUAAUCGGCCCGCGGUUGCAUGCUGGAGGUUUUGUCACAGACCACGAACUUAUAGCCUUCUUUGGCAUACAGUUCUUGAUCGGAUAUCACCGUCUGCCCGAGCUGUCGAUGUUCUGGGAGCAGCAACCAGACACUGGUCUCGGGCUCGGAAUAAUUCAACAGGCCACGACUCGCGAGCGAUUCAAAUUCAUUUCUAAACACAUAGCUUGCGCAAGCCCAAUCAACCAACCCAUCAUGACGAAGAAUGAGUCGAACCUGCGGCCGGACGAAUUUGCAGCCAAGUUCGGUGGUGAGCCCGGAACAUGCCGAAAGGGAAUCUUCGUAUGGAGAGACACUAAGGCGUUUCGGGUCGCUUCCAACUAUCACGGCUCAGAUAUUGUCAAGGUCAGGAGAAAGCAGCGUGAUGGUUCGUUCCGAUCCAAGUCUUGUCCAAAGGCUAUUGACGAUUACGUCAAUAACAUGGGCGGUGUAGACACGGCGAACCAGCUGCGUUCUUACUACGAGAGAGACCGUAAAGCCAAAAAAUGGUGGCACCGUCUCUUAUACUCUCUCUUGGAGACAUGUCUGGUGAACAGCUGGAUAUGCUUCAAUGAUAUGGUCGAGGAAAAUUAUCUGGAGGCUUACGAAGUUCAGAUGCCAUUUCUCGAGUUCAAACGGAACGUCACGAUGGGUCUUUUGUCCCACGCCCUGAACGAAAAUAAAACCAAAGCUGGUCGAGCCGGGCGAAUGAUGCCAACCAUACACCCUUCCGCUGAACCAGGAGCAAAGCGGCGAAAAAGUCGACUGAGUGUAAGGGACGACAUUCGGUUAACUUGUGUGGGCAACCAUCUACCCAUCUUUGGGGAGGCGAGAGGCAGGUGCGAGUGGUGCCAGGCAACGACACCCAAAAAAUUGGAAUCAAGACCAUUCUCAAAGUGCAAACAAUGUAAUGUGUUUUUGUGCCUCGGGAAGAAGAGGAAUUGCUUUGUCGAUUUUCACGAUGAUAAUUACACAUCUGAGGAUGCUCCGCUGGACGAGGUGGAAGCUGUCUAUUCCGCUUCGGAGGAAUCAGACGGCCAAGCUUCUGACCAUGAGCCAACCAACAAGGAGUGUUCUUCUUCAUCCGCUGAUUCCGACGAGCCAGAAUAUUCUAACCGACGUGAAGGCUAUAUGAUUGACGAUUAUGAUGAUUUCCAAGACCGUGAUGGAUUUGUAAUUGAUGAAUAUGAUGAAUUUCAGCAAUAAAUUUGUGUUUUGUUCGUACGUCAGUGUGCAUUUUUACUCUAAAGUGCGGCUAC